GGUGGUGAGAAGACGAGUGCAGCUGCCAUUGCAGGGAUAAGCAAGGGCCAUGGGGAAAAGCACACAGCAAACACUCCUUGCUUUACUCUGCUUCACAGUAGCAAAUUGUCUGAAUGAGGAGACCUGCCCAGACUUUGAAUUCGUUGGUUAUGGCGGUAAUGAGAUUCUCACUGUUGUCCGAGGAUGUCCUGGACUUCCAGGUGGCCCGGGUCCCCAAGGAAUGCCUGGAGAUAGAGGAAUGAGCGGAGAAAUGGGACCUCCCGGCAACCCUGGGAUGAUGGGGCCAGAAGGGAAUAGAGGAGAGAAGGGGGACACUGGUGAGCAUGGUCCAAAAGGAGCCACAGGACAGAUUGGUGAUCCUGGACUUUUAAACAAGAAUGGCCUGGACCAAAUGUCAUGUAGGAAUGGUGCGAAGAACUGCAAACAGCUGCGAGCCAGAGGAAAUGUUCUGAGUGGCUGGUACACCAUCUAUCCCAUAGACUGUACACGCAUGACUGUGCUAUGUGACAUGGAGAAUGAUGGCGGAGGAUGGACUGUUUUCCAGAGAAGGACAGAUGGUUCCACGGAUUUUUUUCAGGGCUGGGCUGGAUACAAGAGAGGCUUUGGCAGCAAGCUGACAGAGUUUUGGCUGGGAAAUGACAACAUUCACCUGCUGACCUCACUUGGAAGGAAUGAGCUGCGUAUUGACCUUGGAGACUUUGAGAACAAGAAGUAUUUUGCCAAGUAUGACUCGUUCCACAUUUUGGGAGAAUCUGACAAGUACAAGCUGAUUCUAGGGGACAUGGUUGCAGGCAAUGCAGGUGAUUCUUUAAGUUACCAUAACAACAGUAAGUUUUCAACCCACAAUCAGAACAAUGAUCCAGUUUCAUACAAGAACUGUGCUGAGACUUUUCAGGGGGGCUGGUGGUUCAAUAAUUGCCAUUUCUCCCACCUGAAUGGGAGGUAUUUGCAAGGUUACCAGAUUGAAAGUGGCGAUGGCGUGGUCUGGAACCAGGGCAUCGGGAAUGAAUAUUCCUACAAGUUCUCUGAAAUGAAAUUUAGGUCUAUGUCCUAGCAUGAGGCUGUGGCUGUAUGCCUCAACCAUCAAUGUGACAUUUUGCAGUGACCCCCCAGCUGCUCUGAAGACUUCUACUGAAAUAAAGGUACCUACUG